CAAGUCAGUUUGGUGGAAACACCACUGGUGGGAAAAUGUGCACGUUUUCUUUCAAAUCUGUCGUCAAAUGAAUGGAUACCGAGCUAUAGAAAGAGGAGGGUCCAGACGUGCUGCUGGUGAAGGAGGAGGGGUGUGAGGAGCGUCUGGGGAACCCUGAGGGUCCCAUGAUCACGGAGGACAACCAGACUACACCUCUUGAACCCACAGAGAAACCAGCUGAGCAGCACAGGACCACACACAGUCUUCCUGAGCCAGUAGACAUGGAGGAUGGGAAGCCUCAUCUGCUGCUGGUCAAAGAGGAGACGAUAGAUGGACCAGAGAGCAUUGAUCUGCUCAGUGGACUAAAGAUGGUUGAGCAAGUCUUUUUUGCAGGUGGUUGGCUGGAGGCUAACAGAGGAGACUGGGUGUCCAUCUUAGAUUUCCAGACCCAGACCGGUGCAGCCAAAGGCCCAGGGGAUGAUAUCACUGAGCAGGACAGGACUAGAGGCAACAUAGUGGAGGUCAGUGGAUGGGACAGCGUCUUCAACUCUGGGCUGGGGAACAACACCUUUAACCACAACCAGAAACAGACUGUCGAACAUAAAACAACAAACAAACUUAGUCUCCAUGACAACAGACUGGCUGAGACCAGGGCGAGGCGUAGAUUUGGUCUGCAGGGAUGGGGAGGUGUCCGUAUGCGACGGGAGAGAACAGACAUAGACUUGGCUAGUGAUGCUCCGUCCUGCUCCUAUAGUUGUGAUUCAGAGAGACUGAUGGGGCCUCAGGUUAACCCCCUAACAGGUGCUGCCUUCAGUCUGCCUUCUAUAGGAUCUAUCAACUGGAACAUGGACCCUGAGACAACACAGACUCUCCCUGGCCUUCAUCCUCCUCACAAUUUCCUAAUGUUAAACCAGAACUCAGACAAUGCCUCAACAAGCCCACUGACAAAUGACAGUAGUAGAGACGUAAUCCGUAAAGGUGGCAGGGCCAAAGAGAAGCGCUUCCCGUGCUCGUUCUGUGGGAAAGCCUUCAGUUUCCCCAAACAGGUGGAGAUCCACCAUAGGAUGCACACGGGGGAGAAACCAUUCAGCUGCCACCUGUGCCAGGCUAGUUUUUCCGACUCUUCCAACCUGAAGAGGCACCAGAGAAUGCACACUGGGGAGAAACCGUUCGGCUGCCACCUGUGCCAGGCCAGUUUCUCCCACUCGUUCAACCUGAAAAGGCACCAGAGGGUCCACACAGGAGAGAAAUCAAACAGCUUCCCCAGUUUGGGAAGCGGUUCUCCCACCAGCUGAAGAUGUACCUGAAGGUACACACGGGAGAGAGACCGUUUGCCUGCACACACUGCGGGAAGAGGUUCUCAGAGGAGCAACCGCAGAAUACACCAGCAGAAAAUGCACACGGCCCAUGUAUAGAGUCUAGUGACAUGUAGUAGUACUUGUUUGUUUGUAGUUACCUCUGUUGGUUUUGGGUAUAGUAGGGAACUGGAUGAGGUGAACUGAGGAAAGAAUGAGUAUGAUGAGGCAGAGUAGAUGAUAUGGUGAUGGUUGGUGUGAUGGUGUCUGUAAAAAUGCUUAAUUGAUGGGUCCAACCCUAACUGCUUGUCACUUUAGGUUGAUACUGGUAUUUUAUAGUGAGAUAAUGAGUGCCUUAAUUCACAUUUACUUGACAUAAAAUAGUGAAGAUGUGUGUAAUGUUGAACCUUUUCCAAAGUAUUCAAACAUGUAUUUUAUUAAAGUGAGGGUACCAGAUUUACAUUAAAGGUAAAGUGUUAGUGAAAAGUAUCAUGUAUCGUUUUGUGCAAUAAAAGUAUUGUACUUCA